CAUAGCUGUCAUAAGAUAGAUAGGCUUGUUUUUACAGACAGAGAGCCAUGGACACACUGGGGAAAGGUGUGUUUGCGCUUUCCGUACUAGCGGUGCCUGUUUCCUGUUCUGAAAAUUUUUUCACUGAACCAGUCAUCUGCUAUUUCCUGGAUGGAUUUCUGAUCAUUUACUGCAUCAUUGUCACAGGGUUGUUCUUUAGAGAAAAGUUUUCCAAAGGCCCAUCUGUGGGAGUCACUGAAGAAAAUGGCAUUUAUCAGGAACUUGAGAGACCAAAAGAUGCUGAUCCUUACGAGGUGCUUGACCCAUCAAAAAGAAAGAAAAAAGCAGGCAAGAAAAAGAAACCUGAGACGGCGAGGGACCCCCUUGAGUCUUUGAUUCCCAGUACCUCAUCUCCUCGUCCUGUUCCUCCUCUGUCUCCCCACUGACAUCCUACAGUAUCAGCAAUAGUGUUACUAAACACAAUUCGAGUCAUUUAUUAAACUAACAAGAAAUAAAAUAAAAUUGUGGCUUCAGCUUCUCAGAUAUGAGGAUUUGCUUCUAAAUUAAAUGUCUAGUCAGAGAAAAUAGUUUGUAGUCACUUUGUAUUUGUGUUAUGUUGUGAUAAGCUUUUCUCUCAUGUUAUACAAUAAAAACUAACAAAGAACCCUACAUUAAGGCUAAAAACAAACUCUUUAUGAGUUCAGAUAUUUGAUGUAACCAUUUUUACAUCUUUAAAGUUGUACUUGCACAGCAGCUGAUAAUGCUAAACAGUUAUCAGCAACAGUAAAUCCAGCAGACAGAUAAAGGGAAUAUCAUCAACAGUCUUCUUAAAAUGCAACUUUCUGCUGGGCUCUGACCAGACUUUAUAUUGUUGUUGUCUAAGUGCCGCCCACCCCCAUGUCAGUCCAACUGCAGUCUGAAUCCAAAUCAAACCUGAAUCAGUUCAACUAUUCCUGCAAAACAAGUUUGAGCCAUGGAGGCUCCACCUUGCAACCCACAGCGCCAAAAGAAUCUGCAACAUACUGAAGCCAGAGAUGACUGGACAUCCCCUUACCACGACCUGCCAAAGCCGGUGGAUUUAUAUCGCAGCAGAUCAGUGCGAAUUAUAUUACUUAUAAUACUUGGCUGCUUGAAUUAUGUUUUUAGAAAAUGCUCAUGUAUUGGGAUUCUCUCACAGAUACAUCUCAAGGGUUUACAGAGAUGAAAAAGAAAAUAUCCAGUGAGGGGAUAGGAAGCAAGCGGUAACUCAAAUAAACACUUGUUACACAACUAAAGUAUGCAGAAGAGCAUCUCUGAACAAAGACUCUUGAAACAAAUGGGCUACAGCAGCAGAAGACCACACCGUCUUCUGCUGCUCCUAAGACCAGGAAGUGGUCUUAGGAGUCUCAAUUUCUGUUACAACUUCAGAUGGUAGGUUAAAUAUGUUGCAUGGGACGACUUCAUAGCAUAUUUGCAUCAACUUGGCAUUCAUCAUUUAAACAGCAGAGACUGAGUAUUGUUACUGACCAUGUCCAUCCCGUUAUAACCAAAGUGUACCAACAAAUCAAUUUUUGAAAUCUUUGUCCUAAAUGUUGUAUAGAUGGAAGCAAAAUCUGUCUGGCACUGAUGUAUAAUGAUUAAAAUUUGCACAUUUAAUCCCAAUAAAAGACAAAGCACAUGUCAAAA